AUGCAGGUGGCAAUCGUCACCGGUGGCUCGCGGGGCAUCGGCCGCGCGAUUGCUGAAGAACUGGCCCGAAGCGGCUUUCAAGUGGUGGUGAAUUACGCCACUCGGGGUGAUGCCGCGGAAGAAGUCGUGGCGGGCAUCAAGAAUGAUGGCGGGGCGGCGAUCGCCGUCGGUGGCGACAUAGGCAACCGUGACGAUCGCAGCAAAAUCGUCGACGCCACGCUUGAAAAGCUUGGUCGCAUCGAUGUUCUGGUGAAUAACGCCGGCAUUACGUCGCAGGGCCGACACGAUUUAUUGGAAGCAACAGAAGAUAGCUGGGACCGUGUCUUCGACACGAACCUCAAAGGUCCCUUUUUCCUGUCCCAACGGGUUGUCCAGGAAAUGGUCAAGCAAAUCGCGGCCGGGACCAUUUCAGGUGGAAAGCUCAUCAACAUCUCCUCGAUCUCAGCCUACGCUGUAAGCACGAAUCGAGCCGACUACUGCAUGACCAAAGCCGCGCUGGAGAUGAUGACAAAGCUAUUCGCGGUACGGCUUGCCGAAGAGAAGAUUGGCGUGUUCGAGAUUUGUCCCGGUAUUAUCGAAAGCGACAUGACCGCGCCGGUGCGAGAGAAGUACGAUCAGAGAAUCCAAGACGGUCUAUAUCCCAUCCGCCGCUGGGGAAAGACCCAAGAUGUUGCCCUGGCUGUACGGGCCAUCGUCGAAGAUGCCUUUCCCUUCAGCACCGGGGAACGCAUCAACGUCGAUGGUGGGUUUCAUAUUCGCACGCUGUAG